CAAAUGGCAAGGCUGAGCUCGAGACACUGACUGAUAAUAAGUAAUGGCACCGACGAAAGACUGUAACUGUAACAGUCUCUCGUCGGUGGGAAUGGGGUAUAGUUUUUGAUGUCGAUGCAAUCUGCUAUUACCAUCAAAGUGCGUUAGACUUUUGCAGUGCGAAGUAUUUCUCAUUUUUAUACUGUUGAGCAGAAGGCGCUCUUUCUCGAUGCACAAAUUCAUGACCUCCCGAAAAUAAUAGCAUGUCCAGUGUCCAGUCCAGUCCAGUCAGUGUAAUAUUAACAACACAAAAAUGGAGCAAUUGCAGACUGCAUUAACAGCAAUCAAAGUGUUACGUUCAAGUGUUGGUCAGGUGUUUGAUUCUUUAGGAAAUGGAUUAAGAGCUGACCAUGGAGAGGAGAAUAAAGAAAAUAAAUAUCUACUUGAAUUGCAAGAACUUUUAACAACUGUCAAUGUUAAUUUAAGAGAUGUCGAACAAGCUGUAAGUAGUUUAAAUCCACCACCAGGACCAUUUAAUUUAGGUAGUACAGCAUAUCUCAGUCAAGAAACAACACAAGAAAGACAAGCAUUAUAUGGUACAUUAGUCAAUAGUUACAAAUGGACUGAUAAAGUCCAUGAAUACAGUAAUGUUGCUCAAAUGUUACUUAGUCAAAAUUCCUUAAAACGCUCCUAUAAUACACCUAGCAGAGCUAAAAGAGGAAGAAUACAAACAAGCAAUCAUAAUGUUCCUCAACAACAAGUUGAUUCCUUAAUAGCUACAUUUGAUAGAUUAUUUAAUGAUAUGACAGUUUCUGUGUCUCGACCAUUUGCAUCAAAUGCAGUAUUACAUGUUACAUUAGGCCAUGUUUUAAAAGGAGUAAUAGCAUUCAAGGGCUUAAUGAUUGAAUGGGUAGUGGUAAAAGGUUAUGGAGAGACUAUGGAUUUAUGGACAGAAUCAAGGCACAAAGUUUUCAGAAAAGUAACAGAAAAUGCGCAUGCUGCAAUGUUACAUUUUUAUUCACCUGCGCUACCCGAAUUAGCAGUUCGAUCGUUUAUGACUUGGUUUCAUAGUCUGAAUAAUUUAUUUAGUGAUCCGUGUAAGCGUUGCGGCUUACACCUGCACAGUGCUUUACCACCGACAUGGAGAGAUUUUCGAACUUUAGAACCUUAUCAUCAAGAAUGUAAACCAUAAUAUUCUAGAAUAAGAAAAUAAAUUUGUACAUAAUUGUUUUUUCUACUUGAAAUAUAAUUUAAUUGAAUAUUUAA